AUGGCAUCACUUGUCGCAAAGCUAGUCACCAAGAAGAUCUUGGGAGAGACUGUCCAGAACAAAUUUGGAACUGAGGAUCCUUACUUUGAGCAUGUCCCAGCUACUCGCCUAGAUGGGACGCCUACUGGCAAAGUUAAAAAGCGAAAGAAGGCUCUCCCUCCUGGCAUUUCCGAAAAUGAUGGCAAAGUCUUGACCAAAGUCAAGCGCCGAGCUUACCGUCUCGACCUGGCUCUGUUCAGUUGCUGCGGCAUCCGAUUUGGCUGGGGUAGCGUUUUGGGAUUGAUCCCAGCAAUUGGUGACGUUUUGGAUAUGUUGCUUGCCCUUUUGGUUAUGAGGAGCUGCAUGAAGAUUGAUGGUGGGCUGCCAACCUCUGUCAAGUCCAGGAUGAUGUUCAACAUCAUCAUAGACUUCGUCAUUGGAAUUGUGCCCUUUGCUGGAGACAUUGCCGACGCGGCCUUCAAGGCCAAUACUCGCAAUGCUGCACUUCUUGAGCAACACUUGCGCGAGGAAGGACGUAAGAACCUGAAGAAGAGCGGAUUGCCAGUGCCAGCCAUUGACCCCAGCGAUCCUGAACAAUUUGAUCGACUUCAAGCACAGGAUCCACCAGAGUAUGUGUCAAACCCACCAUCGCGAAAUCCCUCCAUGUCGGAGCGUCGUCGACACAGCCGCAGUCGCAGUCGCAGCCGAGAUCGCCGCCGUGAUGAUCGUCCCAUCGAGCCGGAACCGGCACGAGUCCGCGAGAGCCGCGGCUUCUUUGGUCGUAGCAGAGCUCAACCACAUGAUAUUGAAACAGGUGAAGCUGAGCGUGGGUCCAGAAGUCAAAGAUCACAGCGACGAGAUAGAGACCGUCACUAA